AUGGUGAGUAGAGCUGUUCAGUUAGAAGAAGGCAAAGAAAUUGUAGUUACUAGCAACCGGAUAGGGCUAAAUAAGGCGUUUCCAUUCAAAUUGCUUCUUCUCCUUGGAUUUUUUAUAGCUUUCUCUGUUGCUUUCUUCAUCAUUAGUGUAUCCACUAUCAAGUUUUAUGGUAUCAAUAGUGUAGUGACCUCGGUCAAGUCCAGUUUUGUGCCUUGCCGCGUAAAACCAGAUGAUAUUGAUAGAUGGACUAAACCUCCUCUAGUUCUCAUGCAUAAUAUGAGCGAUGAAGAGCUUCUUUGGCGGGCGUCUUUCAUGCCUCGGAGAAAAGACUAUCCGUUUAAUCGGGUCCCUAAAAUCGCGUUGAUGUUCUUGACAGUGGGUCCCUUGCCGCUUGCACCGCUUUGGGAGAUGAUUCUUAAGGGUCAUGAAAAGCAUUACUCGGUUUACAUCCAUUCACAAGCACCUUCUUCAACCGAGUUUCCAAGUUCCUCUGUUUUCUACCGUAGGCAGAUUCCAAGUCAGGUUGCAGAGUGGGGAAGAAUGACAAUGUGCGAUGCAGAGAGGCGGCUUCUUGCAAAUGCGUUGCUCGAUAUCUCAAACGAGUGGUUUGUUCUUCUCUCCGAGUCAUGCAUUCCCCUCUUCAACUUCACAAGUAUCUACGGUUACAUAACCAAAUCAAAGCACAGCUUUAUGGGUUCAUUUGAUGAUCCCAGUCCAUAUGGCCGAGGCCGCUACAAUGACAGGAUGUCCCCUGAAGUUUCCAUUGACCAAUGGAGAAAAGGGUCACAAUGGUUCGAGGUUAAUCGGGAGCUUGCAGUUUCAAUUGUCGAAGAUACAUUGUUUUACCCAAAAUUCAAAGAGUUUUGUACGCCCGCCUGUUACGUGGAUGAGCAUUAUUUCCCGACAAUGCUGACUAUGGAGAAACCAGCGGCCUUGGCGAACCGUAGUGUGACUUGGGUCGACUGGUCGAGAGGCGGUCCGCACCCGGCUACAUUUGGACAAUCAGACAUCAAUGAGGAGUUGUUUGCAAGAAUCUUGAAAGGUGAAAAUUGUACUUACAAUGGAGAAAACACAUCCAUGUGUUAUCUCUUUGCUAGAAAGUUUUCUCCCAGUGCUUUGGAGCCUUUGAUUCACAAAAUUCUGAGUUUUUGA